CGUUAUGACUUUUCCGUAUCGUCCAUUUUAUCUGCCGAACAAAUUAGUCCUGUCGAGAACCUUUUUAUCUGUUUGACUGAUGAGGACACUCGCCAGAUAGUCACUCCCACUCCAGCGCUCACAGAGGGUAGAUCGUGAAAACAGCAAGUUGCAUGUGUCAGUGCUUGUGUGUACACACAACAGUAACACAGCUCCGUGCUGGACAGAUCCGUGCCUGAACUAACAUCAUCGAGGGCAGUAAUGUAUACAAGCCAAUAUCUUCUCAUGGAAUAACUGCAGUCUGCAAGAAAUUAACGAGUUCAGUUCCAGCGAAGGCGUCGAUACAAUUUACGGGAGACACCGAAUGCUGAAAAAAAUCUGUUGACACGAGUAGAAUGUGCCGUGGAUAAAUUUUGUUGGUGAAACGGCGGAGCAGAAUUUGACAGCAUUUGCUGCCGUGAUUAUCUAUGCAGGGUGAAUUUCUACACAGCGGCACUCGGCGUAAAGGUGGCAAAACUGACGGCCUUGGACGGAGGACGUUGAGAAACUCAGGAAAUGAGGACUUCGUACAUGACACGUUCCUGUUGAUUAGUUUGUGAAGCACAUGUACGCUGUACAGGGUUUUGGUAUACGUGGAAAUAUCAUUAGACUGUAAGUGUAAUUGACGGUGUUUCUGUUGGAUGGACCUAGAGUGGUCGUGUGCUGCCUGUUGCUGAUUCAGACCGCCGCGGAGCCCGUCCAUUAGUUGAAACAACCAUGACUUCCAACUUCCUAACCAGAUUACUAAAGCGGGGGUCGGGGCCGCCGCGUCCCCAAGUGGACAUGCACGCACUCUUCACCAGCGCGCAGAUGAGCACGAUGAUCCUCCAGGGACAAUUAUCGGUCCACGAGCCGUGGCGACGACACAAAAAGAAGCCCAAGAUCGUCUACGUGUGUCUGUACACCAACGACUCCAGCCCGUUUAUCGUGUGGUACACGGACAAGGCGCACAAGAAGCCCCGGGGGUUCUUCAACGUGAGGGGCGGCAAGAUCGCGCCCGUCGGGGAGUUCAGUUUCCAGAUUGCCUUUAAAGACAAAACCAGCCAGAUUUACAAGUUCAACACGUCAAGCUGGGAGCGACGGGAAGAAUGGCUGCAUUUGCUGCGUAAGGAGAGUCGCAAGGAAGUCCAGAUGCCGUUGAUUGAGACCAUUUGCAAUCAGGACUACCGCGUCAGUCAGGACGACCUGGCCAUCACCAUGACGGCGGAGCAGAGGGCGAGGCAACAGCAACUGCGCCCCGAAUGGAAGGGGCACCGCCGGACUGUCAGCGCCGGAUCCCCGUCGCCGCAACGCUGCGUCGUUCAGCUGCAGAGAAGCAGAAGUCAGCCGCACAUCCAAAAAGGGCGUCUCAUCAAACGGAGACCGACGGUCCUGGAAAAGCAUUCGCCGACGCUCGGCCAGGCGGUCCAAAACGAGCGGAGAUUUAUACGCACGCCGGAGGUUUGUCGUAGCUGAGAGAUUUCUCCUUUGCCAUUUUUUUUCUUUUCUCGCAUUUAUCAAAUUGUUUUUAAAAUUUGCAUAUUUAUACAAUUAUUUUGUCUUGAGUACUCCUUUUUCUGAAGAGUACUUUGAACACGGAGCUCAACGUGUAAGGAAAAG